AUGAAACUAAAUUUUUUAUCAUCAGCUUCUAAAUGUACGAUUACAAAGAUAAUAAAUAGACCUUAUUGUGGGGAAUCAACAGUAACUAUUUUUAAUACAGGAUUGUAUAAUAGAGUAAAAUACUAUAGAUAUUUAUAUGGUACUAAGAAAUUAUUUUCUAACUUAACAAAUGACAAAAUUAUAGUCAAAGUACCUCAAAUGGGUGAUUCAAUAACAGAGGGUACUUUAAAUCGAUGGUCUAAAAAACUUGGUGAACAAGUUCAGAAAGAUGAUGUUGUUGGAAUAAUUGAUACUGAUAAGAUCAGUGUUGAUAUCUUAGCACCAAAUACUGGGAAAAUAACCCAAUUUUUAGCAAAUCCUGGAGAUAUAGUACCUGUAGGUGCCUCAAUAUUAGAGAUAUCAUUAAAUGAUAUCGAACCUGUAGAGAAAGUAUCUAAUCCAGAUAAUAUAAAAGAUGAGAGUACUAAUAAAGAAGAAAUAAUAGAUAAAAAAGAUGAUAUAUUUAUUACUAAAGAAGAAAUAGAACAUAAAACUGAAACUGAUUCUGCAUUAGGACCAACAGAAACAGUUUCUCAGUAUAGUUCAGAUUAUUUAAAUAACAUAGAUAUAGAUAUAAAGGAACACAAUCGUAGUGAAACAAGACAACCAAUGUCACGAAUGCGUCAGCGUAUUGCUGAACGUUUGAAAGGAGCUCAGAAUAUGAUGGCAAUGUUAACUACAUUUACAGAAUGUGAUAUGAGUAAUUUGUUGGAUCUGAAAUCGAAGUAUUCUACUGAAUUUACAAAGAUACAUGGAAUUAAGUUUGGAAUGAUGUCAACAUUUGUGAAGGCAUGUACUGUAUCUUUGAAAAAGAUGCCUGAAGUAAACACUUAUAUUAUAGAAGAUCCAGGUGAGAGAAAAGGUAUUAUUUUAUCAACACGUAAUUAUGUAGAUAUUAGUGUCGCGGUUGCAACCCCAAAUGGACUUGUUGUUCCUGUUAUUCGUGAUUGUGAUAAAAAGGAAAUUUGGGAGAUUGAAAAGGAGUUAGCAAUGAUGGCUGAAAAAGCUCGUAAAGGGAAUAUAACACUUGAGGACAUGUCUGGAGGAUCUAUGACAAUUACUAAUGGUGGUGUAUUUGGUUCACUAUUUAGUACACCAAUUAUCAACCCACCACAGAGUUGCAUUUUAGGGAUGCAUUCAAUUAGUGAUAAACCUGUAGCUUGUACAAAUCCUACAAGUGGUGAGAAAGAGGUUGUUAUUAAACCUAUAAUGUACCUAGCAUUAACUUAUGAUCACAGACUAAUUGAUGGUCGUGAGGCAGUAUUAUUUCUUAAAAAUAUAAAGCAAUGUAUCGAGAAUCCAGAAGUAUUAUUAUUGGGACUUCCAUAA